AUGAAUUCAAUUGCUCAAAAAUAUACUAAUGCUAAUAACAAUUCCAUACUUAAUGAAAUAAAUGCUGCUACCAAUGAAGUUGCUCAACAACAUACUUUAAAUUUAGUUCCAAGUAUACAAUUACCACCAAUUUCACAACCAACUGAUUUUUUAAGAGCUCAUACUGAUGAUGCCACUAAUCCAGAUUGUAAAAUUAAGAUUGCUCAUGGUACUACUACUUUAGCAUUUAGAUUCCAAGGCGGGAUUAUUGUUGCAGUUGAUUCUAGAGCUACAGCAGGGAAUUGGAUUGCAUCCCAAACUGUUAAUAAAGUGAUUAGAAUUAAUCCAUUUUUAUUAGGUACUAUGGCUGGUGGCGCUGCUGAUUGUCAAUAUUGGGAAACUUGGUUAGGUACUCAAUGUAGAUUACAUGAAUUAAGAGAAAAAGAACGUAUAUCUGUUGCAGCUGCAUCCAAAAUAUUAGGUAAUUUAGUUUAUCAAUAUAAAGGAAUGGGAUUAUCAAUGGGUACUAUGGUUUGUGGAUAUACUAAAAAGGAAGGUCCAACUAUAUAUUAUGUUGAUUCUGAUGGUACAAGAUUAAAAGGUGAUAUAUUUUGUGUUGGAUCGGGUCAAACCUUUGCUUAUGGGGUAUUAGAUUCAGAAUAUAAAUGGGAUUUAUCAGUUGAAGAUGCGUUAUAUUUAGGUAAAAGAAGUAUAUUGGCUGCUACUCAUAGAGAUGCUUUUUCAGGUGGAUCAAUUAAUUUAUAUCAUGUUACUGAAACUGGAUGGAUUUAUCAUGGUAAUCAUAAUGUUGGAGAUCUCUUUUGGGAAAUUAAAGAACAAGAAAAAUCAUUUAAUAACGUUGAUAGUUAA